ACCCAACAUUUGACUGUUUAUAACAAUCCUUGUUCUUAAUAUCUGAUGAAAAUCUGCAUCUAAUAAUUUGUUUUAUCAAAGCUAGCGACUCAUAUGUCUCAUAAAUUUUCGAAAUUAAUUUUUUUGCUGGCAUUUAAGAAGAAUCAGCACAUACAAUUCGUGGUACAAAUCGUGUUGGUUUUUGA